AACGUAUACACCGACCAGCUUAUCGAGGACAAAGUCCCGACAGCUGAGAGUCGGGUUCUUUCCUGACAAGUUGCCGAAGUCGUGCUCCUAUUCGUGCCAGCUGCGGCCAAGCCGGGUCGUACGGCGAUUCGAAUUGGAAUUCCCCUCGACUGCCGUUCCGAGUGGACCUCAGCCGUUCGUCGCUCAGAAUGGAGAGCUCUCUGAAAGUGAUAGUCACGUUGUUGAACGAUCUCCGCGAUGCCGGCGUUCUAGAAUAUGAGUUUGUGAGCCCGCAGCGAGCGUCGCGGGUAAACGCCGGAGAGGUCGAGGAAGCCAUUCAGAGGUUUGCCUCAGAGCUCAAAUCAGCCUUGGAGAAGGCUCCCCUGCACAAGGAGAACGUUCAGAUAAAAGCUGGAAGUCGAGAUAUUCUCGAGAAGAGGAUCGAGGCUUUCCUCCAACGCAAAAGCGACGAGCGGCAGAAACUUUCCAAUCAUGUCCAGGAGGGCGAAUGCGCGAGGACAUUGCCAUUCAGGUUUGUAGUAUAUCGUCGUAUUGGCGUUGAGCAUACUUGUAAUGAAGUGGGUCCGUCAGCCGAAUCAUCAAAACCGAGAAUCGUCUCCGAAGAUCGGAAUCUCGAGCAACGGAUUUCAACGAUAGAAUCCCAGAUUGGCAUUGGGACAUCAUCGACGACGAGCCUACUGCUCCGGUUGAAGAGUAUAGAAGAUCGCUUGCUCUAUUUAGAAUCUGUUUCGCCGGAAUAUCAGACUUUGAAGUGAGCUCUUCACAACGCGAAAACUUGUUUUUGGGGUCCAGGCAGUCCUCGGUGCUAGCAGACGAGGCGCAAGAUGAGAGAUACAAUAUAAGUUUGGUGCUCUAGGACUAGAGGUACGGUGAAAUCAGUGUCCUGAAAGCUGGCUAGGAUUCCGGAUUCUCCCUAUUGUCUCUCAUCUGUUAUUUGGCCGUCGCUUUGGCAGCUCGAAUCUUCAAGUGUACAUAAUGUCGAAGUAUUCACAAGGUUCGAAUAAAGGAUCGAUCUCG